UCCCGAACGCGCCUGCUGCUGCUGCUGCUGGUCCGGAUUGUUGAUUCGAUCAAAAUAUGGCCGCAGAGCACGCAGAGUUCGCGUCGUGUUGGUGUUAGCAGUGUAAGCGGGUGAUUUCUAUAUCAUGUAGUGUUUUCUAGUCUUGCACCCGCGAUUAACAUUCCUCAUAAAAUCCAACGCGGUUUCAAUGUGGUUAGCGUAGUGAACGAUUUGUGCUUUAGUUGCGGCGUGACCACCUGGUUCCUGCGCACCAUGCGACGAAUUCAUGCAUUCGGAAUAAAAUAGUGCGGUGUUUGUUUUCACACCACGGAUGCCGACGCCGAUCCGCCCAAGCCCUUUCACGUCGAUGGAAUCACCCCGAAAUGGCGAGAUGGUUCAUCCGGGCGCGUCGUCACUCUGUACCGCCCUGUACGACUAUGCCGCACAGGGCGAGGACGAGCUCUCGCUCAGCAAAGGCCAGAUCGUGGAGGUGCUCUCCGACGACGCGAAGAUCUCCGGCGACGAGGGCUGGUGGACGGGUAAGAUUGGCGACAAGGUGGGCAUCUUUCCGGCCAACUUUGUCGCCUACGACGAUCUCAUCGACGGCAACAACAGCCUGAUCAAUGAUAUCCACCCCAUCGAGCUGGACUUCAGCGAGCUGCGGCUGCAGGAGGUGAUUGGGGUGGGUGGAUUUGGUAAAGUGUAUCGAGGGCAGUGGAAGGACCACGAGGUGGCGGUGAAGGCCGCCAGACAGGAUCCGGACUUAGAGAUAUCAGUGACCAAGGAGAAUGUCAUCAAGGAGGCUAAAUUAUUUUGUUUGCUAAAUCAUGAGAACAUUGUGUCGCUCGAAGGUGUGUGUUUAACGGAACCGAAUUUGUGCCUGGUGCUAGAGUACUGCAGGGGUGGGUCGCUGAAUCGGGUGCUAAGUGGCAAGAAGAUUCGACCGGAUGUACUCGUGGACUGGGCGAUUCAGAUCGCCAAGGGGAUGUAUUAUUUACACAAUCAAGCCCCAGUGGCUUUAAUUCAUCGAGACUUAAAAAGUUCAAAUGUGCUACUGAAAGAGGCCAUCGAGAAUAACGACCUAGAGUCGAAGACUUUGAAGAUUACGGACUUUGGGCUAGCGCGCGAAGUGUACAAAACGACGCGGAUGUCGCAGGCGGGCACCUACGCCUGGAUGGCGCCCGAAGUGAUCCGUAAUUCGACAUUCUCGCUCGCCAGCGACGUGUGGAGCUACGGCGUGCUCCUCUGGGAACUGCUCACCGGCGAAACGCCCUACAAGGGUAUCGAUACUCUGGCGGUGGCGUACGGUGUUGCCGCCAACAAGCUCACUCUGCCCAUCCCCAAGACUUGCCCCGAACAAUGGCGAUCACUAAUGCAAAAAUGCUGGGAGUCCGAUUCGCACCGAAGACCUAGCUUCAAAGAGAUUCUUAUCUCGCUAAGUAACAUUGCAAACUCAUCUUUCACGCAAACACCGCACGAGAGUUUCCACACUAUGCAGGAUGAUUGGAGGCGGGAAAUUGAGGAAGUUUUGCUUGAACUUCGCAGAAAGGAAAAGGCUUGCAAAUCGUUUGAGGAGGAGUUGCGAAACCGUGAGGAGAAUCUGAACCGAGCACAAGUUCUUCAACGUCGGCAAGCCGAGCAACUGCAGCAGAAAGAGCAGGAGCUGCGCCAUCGUGAGCUGGACCUGCUGCAGCGCGAGUUGCACUUGAUGAUCAACCAGCACACGCCCACCCCCAUCAAACGAAAAGGCAAAUUUAAGAGAUCAAGACUUAAGUUAUUAAAAAAAGAACCUGGAUCCAGUAUAAGCUUUCCCUCGGAUUUCCGACACACAAUCACUGUGCAACACACGACGGAUGUGCCGAACAAAGCGCUCAGCGGCGUCAUUUCCACGCACAGUCCUCCAGGAUCUCCAGCGAUUACAAGACUUCGGGCGAUUGCGCUGCCUGCGGACGGGGUGAAGGGCAAGACCUGGGGCCCAAGCACCUGUCAUCAACGUGAGCGAGGGCAGAUCCCAUCGCUGCGACCGACACAACGACCCGGUGGCGUCUUCUCCAAGAGCGCGCCCAACCUGGAUAAAGCUCGCGGCGCGCUCGGCCGCCCGCCACCACAUGAUAUAGGGAUACUUACUGAAGAAAGUCUUCCCAACAUUGCUUAUUAUUCGUCGGCGGAAGAUUGGGGGCCCGAAUAUCCGAUAUCGAUUCGUCACAAUGUGCCUAUUCCUACACUUUAUAGCGCCGAAGGAAUAAAACUUAAACCAAAACUAGGAAUUGUUGAGCUGGUGCUGUAUAAUAUUGCUGCAAUGCUGGCGGGCGUCGCUUCUGGAUAUGAUGUUCGUUUGUCAAAUGUUUCACCUUUUCACCCAAAGCUACAACCAAAUAGAGUGGAUGAUAACGAGGUGCAACAAUGGCGACCAGCAAUUGAGAAUCAUGAAUAUGACUACUCUACGACUGGGGGCAGCUAUAAUCAUAAUACCUAUCAUGGCCCCACAAAACACCACCGACCCUUAUUAUCUGGUUCGCAAUUGAUCAAUCUUCAACACGACCAAAAACCACUCCGAUUUACUGACUCCCCACAACAUAUCAUUCAAAUCACUCCGAAUCCCUCACCGCGUCGUAAAUCCAGCUCUACAAGCAACGAUGGUUCAGAGCUGUUCAUUCCAUACAACGAACGUGCAACUACUAUUUACAUACCUGGCGAUUACCAACCCAACAACGAAUCCAACCAUUGCUCAGGCUAUCUGACGAGGAACGAUUUUGGCAACUAUCGUGCCGAAACCAAUCUGGGCUUUAAUUACCAGGAGACUACUUAUUCAGCUGGAUAUAGUUCUGAGUACAGUGGCACGGGGACGAGUACUACCAUGUACGGCUACGUCACGGACUACGCGUACGACAACCCCAGUAGUAUAAGCAGCCAUAGUGGUUCAAGAACACCACAAAGACUUUCCAUUCAGAAUCAUCGUAGAACACCCUCAAACGUGUCUAAUGCAAGUUCAACUACUACGAGCGGUUCCAACGUGAAUCCAACGUUCAAACUUGACGAAGAAGCUUACACGCCUACCCAUUUUCCUCGCAGGCCUUUGGAGUACGAUUAUAAUGUCCCUUUCACGCCCAGACAAGACUCCGAACGCCCCAAUACCCUCGAAACGGGGUAUACCAAGUUGAGAUCCAGCCUCAAACGCAACAAUUACCAACCGAAUCAGGGGCAUUCCGGUGGUAAUACGCCUACGAAUCCAACACCACCUGAUAGUCUCACCAGCGAUGACAGCUCGUAUGUCUCAGCCAAAGACAGCAACAAUAGUUCUGUAAGUCGCGUUAGAUUCUCACCCAUUCUUAUGGAUAUCAAUCUAACUGGUGGUCAGCAUCCGGAGGCCAACGCGCCUCUGAUACGCAAGUCUCGACAGAGGCCUACCCUCUCGGAAAUGGAGAAGGAGUUUAUGUCAUAGGCAAGCGAAUUAAUUGAUAGUAUUAUAAUUUGUUAAAAUUCUAGUGCUUGAUGCUCAAAUAAGUUGAAUUCGAAUGAAUUUUGCUAUUCCAAAUGAAAAACCAUUAAGUUAGCCAUAAACCUAUACAAAACGUAGAUUAAUUCUGAACAUUUACAAUCCAUGGUGCCUGAUAAUUAACACGUAACAGUGAUAACUAAAAGAAACAACAACAUAGUCAUACAUGUGCAAUCUUUUUCUUUCCACGCUCUAAACAACAUUUGUGACUUGUACUUAUAUACUCUUUGUAGAUGAACUCAAUUAAAUGACUAUAUCGGGACGUCUUGGUGCUCUUGACACUCAAAUAAUUUUUGAUGAAUUUGUGCGAAUUUUAUGAUGUUACAUAUGAACACAAAUUGUAGAAGAGAUGCUGCCUUAUUGUGAACACAGAUACAAUUUAAUACUAGGGAAUGCUGAAACGCUUUGUUCUUUUGUUUCCUAGAUUAUAUUUGUACCCUUGCAUUUAAUGUAAUUAUUUAAGACUGCAUGACAUUCCCAAACGUGCAUUUUGACUAUUUUCACUAAUCACUUAUAAUUAUAAAUUAUUUUAAUAAUUUAAUCCAACCUAAUAAAGAACUGUAGAUUUUCUAAAUUCCAACAUGAAUAUCGGGAAAGACCAAACUGUACUUAAUGAGGCGAAGACAUUUGCAUUUACUUUAAUUAUAUUAAGCACAUGCGCCGUUUAAUUUCCAUUCACUUACUUGCAUAUAGCCCAUUACUUAUAUUAUCGUGGCCAUCGAGUAAUGCGUAAAAAAACACAAAAAGAGAAUUAUUUACGACGAAAAAUUACUUAUAGUACUAUGAUAAGAGCAGUUUAAAGUGCACUAUUUCAAAGAUUAACAAUUAUUACUUUAAAUAAGAUAUAUAUUUAUUAUUAUGUAAAUAUGAUAUUUAUAUACAUGUGAGAUGGAAAUGAGACAUUUAUCAAUAACAAAUUACGGAAAUAUUUGGCUUCCACACUCAUUAAUGAGAUUGUCUAGUUAUGUCCGAGUAUUGGUUUUGUCAGUUGAAUAUAUAAUUGUAUGAUGAAGAAGGUGAACAUUCCAGUGGAAUCUAGUUUCAUGAAACGAUAUGACUUAAGUAAUACUCAAUUGUGUGAAUGCGUUGUAUGAAAUAAAAACAUUUCAAUUUGA